AUGGGUGUGCAUUCAUUUUGGGAUAUUGCAGGUCCUACGGCAAGACCGGUCAGGCUGGAAUCCUUGGAAGAUAAGAGAAUGGCAGUAGAUGCCUCCAUUUGGAUAUAUCAGUUUUUGAAAGCUGUCCGUGAUCAGGAGGGGAAUGCAGUGAAGAAUUCUCAUAUUACUGGGUUCUUUAGAAGAAUUUGUAAGCUAUUAUACUUUGGCAUUAGGCCGGUAUUCGUCUUUGAUGGUGGUGUGCCCGUAUUGAAAAGGGAAACAAUACGGCAGAGGAAAGAAAGAAGACAGGGAAAACGAGAGAGUGCGAAAUCCACCGCUAGGAAGCUGCUGGCUUUACAAUUGCAAAACGGCUCAAACGAUAACGUAAAAAACUCUACACCGAGUAGUGGCAGUAGUGUGCAGAUCUUCAAACCUCAGGACGAGUGGGACUUGCCCGAUAUACCGGGAUUCAAAUACGAUAAGGAAGAUGCAAGAGUUAACUCUAAUAAAACUUUUGAAAAACUGAUGAAUUCGAUAAACGGUGAUGGACUGGAAGACAUUGAUUUAGACACUAUAAAUCCAGCAUCGGCCGAAUUUGAAGAGCUGCCAAAGGCCACACAGUAUUUGAUAUUAUCGUCGUUGAGGUUGAAAUCAAGACUGAGGAUGGGAUACUCGAAAGAACAAUUGGAGACCAUCUUCCCAAAUAGUAUGGAUUUCUCAAGAUUUCAAAUAGACAUGGUGAAAAGGAGGAAUUUUUUUACUCAAAAGUUAAUCAACACUACUGGGUUUCAGGAUGGUGGAGCGUCUAAGCUGAACGAGGAGGUGAUCAAUAGGAUAUCCGGCCAAAAGAGUAAAGAGUACAAGUUGACUAAGACUAAUAACGGGUGGAUUCUUGGACUAGGGGCAAACGAUGGCUCUGAUGCGCAAAAAGCAAUCGUAAUAGACGAUAAAGAUGCAGGCGCUUUGGUAAAGCAGUUAGAUAGUAAUGCUGAGGACGGGGACGUGCUCCGAUGGGAUGAUUUGGAAGAUAAUUCCUUAAAAAUAGUGCGACAUGAGUCUUCUAACGCGACGACAGCUCCACAGAAAAGGAGUAACCGGUCAGAAGAUGAGGGAUGUGACUCUGAUGAAUGUGAGUGGGAAGAAGUUGAACUCAAGCCCAAGAACGUCAAGUUUGUGGAAGAUUUUUCUUUGAAAGCUGCAAGGUUGCCUUACAUGGGCCAAUCCCUAAACAACGCUGGCAGUAAAUCGUUUUUGGACAAAAGACAUGAUCAGGCAUCGCCCUCCAAGACUACUCCAACAAUGAGAAUUAGCAGAAUCAGCGUGGAAGACGACGAUGAGGAUUACCUGAAACAAAUUGAGGAAAUUGAAAUGAUGGAGGCAGUGCAACUUUCUAAGAUGGAAAAGAAACCUGAAGCGGACGACAAAUCAAAAAUCGCUAAGCCGGUAACGUCAAAAGGUACAGAGGCUCGUCCACCAAUAGUACAGUAUGGAUUACUUGGCGCACAACCGGAUAGUAAGCAACCGUAUCAUGUCACAAAUUUGAAUAGCAAAUCAGAGUCGGUCAUCAAAAGGACCAGCAAGACAGUUCUUUCUGAGUUUAGGCCACCGUCUCAGCAGGAGGAUAAAGGGGCUAUUUUAACAGAGGGGGAGCAAAACCUGAAUUUUAUUUCUCACAAGAUACCACAGUUUGAUUUUAACAAUGAAAAUUCCCUGCUUUUUCAAAAGAAUACCGAGAGUAAUGUGUCCCAAGAAGCCACGAAGGAAAAGUCUCCAAUUCCUGAAAUGCCGAGCUGGUUUUCUUCAACUGCUUCCCAGCAGUUGUAUAAUCCCUAUAACACAACAAAUUUCGUGGAAGAUAAAAACGUAAGAAAUGAACAAGAAAGUGGAGCAGAAACUACCAAUAAAGGGAGUAGCUAUGAACUCUUGACAGGCUUAAAUGCUACGGAAAUAUUAGAAAGAGAAAGCGAGAAAGAGAGCUCCAAUGAUGAAAACAAGGACGAUGACUUAGAAGUUUUAUCAGAAGAACUAUUUGAGGACGUUCCCACUAAAUCUCAGAUUUCAAAAGAAGCAGAGGAUAACGAUAGUAGAAAAGUCGAAUCUAUAAAUAAGGAGCAUAGAAAGCCUCUUAUAUUCGACUAUGACUUCUCCGAAGAUGAAGAAGAUAACAUAGUAGAAAAUAUGAUAAAGGAACAAGAAGAGUUUGAUACAUUUAAAAACACGACUUUGUCCACUUCUGCUGAAAGAAACGUUGCCGAGAACGCUUUUGUGGAGGAUGAAUUAUUCGAACAACAGAUGAAGGAUAAAAGAGAUUCGGAUGAGGUAACUAUGGAUAUGAUCAAAGAAGUGCAAGAAUUACUAUCGAGGUUUGGAAUCCCCUAUAUCACUGCGCCUAUGGAAGCUGAAGCACAGUGUGCGGAAUUGUUACAACUAAACCUUGUCGAUGGUAUAAUUACCGAUGACAGUGAUGUUUUCCUAUUUGGAGGUACAAAGAUCUACAAAAAUAUGUUCCACGAAAAGAACUAUGUUGAAUUUUAUGAUGCGGAAUCUAUUUUAAAAUUAUUGGGCUUGGAUAGAAAGAAUAUGAUUGAGUUGGCACAGCUUUUAGGGAGCGAUUACACGAAUGGAUUGAAGGGUAUGGGUCCCGUUUCAAGCAUUGAAGUGAUUGCAGAAUUUGGAAACCUAAAAAAUUUUAAAGACUGGUAUAAUAAUGGGCAGUUUGAUAAACGUAAGCAAGAAACGGAAAAUAAAUUUGAAAAAGACCUGAGAAAAAAACUGGUAAAUAACGAAAUUAUCUUAGAUGAUGAUUUUCCUAGCGUCAUGGUUUAUGAUGCGUAUAUGAGACCAGAAGUCGAUCACGAUACCACGCCGUUUGUUUGGGGGGUACCAGAUCUCGAUAUGCUUCGUUCAUUCAUGAAGACUCAACUAGGUUGGCCACACGAAAAGUCUGAUGAAAUUCUCAUUCCCUUAAUUAGAGAUGUUAAUAAACGCAAAAAGAAGGGGAAGCAAAAAAGGAUUAAUGAAUUUUUUCCAAGGGAGUACAUAUCUGGUGAUAAGAAGCUCAAUACAAGUAAGAGAAUUUCAACCGCAACAGGUAAACUAAAGAAAAGAAAGAUGUAA